GGUCCGCCCCCCGGCUUACGCAAAGGGCGGGUUUGAGAGCACGAAGCCCCGCCCCUCGUUGACGUGUGACGUCAGAGUCGCCAUGGCGAGCUAUCCGUACGGGCAGGGCUGCCCAGGAGCCGCAGGACAAGCGCCCGGAGCCCCUCCGGGUAGCUACUACCCUGGACCCACACAUGGCGGAGGACAGUAUGGCAGUGGGCUCCCCCCUGGAGGUGGUUAUGGGGGUCCUGCCCCUGGAGGACCUUAUGGACCACCAGCUGGGGGAGGGCCCUAUGGGGGCAUCCCCCCUGGAACUCCAGGAGGACCGUAUGGUGGUGCAGCCCCAGGAAGUCCCUAUGGUCCACCUCCUCCAAGUGCCUAUGGUGCCCAGCAGCCCGGGCCUUAUGGACAGGGUGGCGCCCCUCCCGGCGUAGAUCCUGAGGCCUACUCCUGGUUCCAGUCGGUGGACUCUGAUCACAGUGGUUACAUUUCCAUCAAGGAGCUAAAGCAGGCUCUGGUCAACUCCAACUGGUCUUCGUUCAAUGAUGAGACGUGCCUCAUGAUGAUAAACAUGUUUGACAAGACCAAGUCAGGCCGCAUCGACGUCUACGGGUUCUCAGCCCUGUGGAAGUUCAUCCAGCAGUGGAAGAACCUCUUCCAGCAGUACGACCGGGACCACUCGGGCUCCAUCAGCUACACGGAGCUGCAGCAAGCUCUGUCCCAGAUGGGCUACAACCUGAGCCCCCAGUUCACCCAGCUUCUGGUCUCCCGCUACUGCCCACGUUCUGCCAGUCCCGCCAUGCAGCUCGACCGCUUCAUCCAGGUGUGCACUCAGCUGCAGGUGCUGACCGAGGCCUUCCGGGAGAAGGACACCGCCGUACAGGGCAACAUUCGGCUCAGCUUUGAGGACUUCGUUACCAUGACAGCCUCUCGGAUGCUAUGACCCAGCCCACCUGUGGUGUGGAGUGCGCCAGGGGCCUCUCCCAGCUCCCUAGAGUGGGAGAAGCAUGUGGGCCUCUCUUCUUUUCCUGCCUCUCCUAGAAAAAGAUUCUCCUUUGCUUGACACAGCCCUCAGAGGGGUAGGAGUCUUGUGUCACAGCCACCAAAUAGUGGGGACCUAGGUUGAGGCCACACAGAUGGGGGACCUGACGUAGGAGAGAAAGAGGUUGGAAGUCCUGACAACCCUGAGCAGUUAGUGGCACAGCCUGGCACCAGGAGCAGGUGCUCCAGUCAUUACAGUGGAGUUAGUGUGGCCUGCUGGCCUCUGCCUCCGGCUUUCCCAUCUACGCCCUGAGGCUCUCCGACUUAGCAUUUGCACCCAUGUUCCUUCCCCCAGACUGUCCUAUUGGAUGAGCCCAGUUUGGCCAAAGUGGAGUUGAUCAGGCACGGGAGAGAUUUGCCCAUGGGACCGGUGGCUUGCCUUGUCCCAUACCCACAAAUCCUUGUGAGUUACCUCUCGCUGCCUGGGGCAGUCAAGGCUCAGGGAGCUCGCACAGUCUGCUCUCUGGGCAUCUUGGACCCCUCAUUCCCUGCCAGGCUAUGCUCAGCUUUCAUCCCCAGGGGACAGUUGUCACCUCUCACUGCCAAUGCUUUUUUUUAAUUUCUAGUUUUUUCAUUUGGGGCCAAAAGUCCAGUGAAACUGUAAGCUUCAAUAAAAGGAUGAAACUCUCAAGUUC